GAUAUUCGCUGGAGCCAGACACCACAGAAUAGAUACCCGAGGCUCACAUUCCUCAUUCCUUCUCUCUCUCUCUCUCCCCCUCUCUUAGUCAUGUCCUCUCCUUACUUGCCUCUCCACCAGGAGGGGCCUGGAAGGACAGGCUCUCUCCCCGGGAACCGCUCUCGGACUCCUUUAAGAACCAGAGAGACCUGUCUUCUCCUCUCCCUUUUCGUAAUGUUUAUACUAGCUUGGGCUUCUCUUCUCUUCUACAUGCCCGAUGUUCACUCUGUUGACAGGGAUAGCUUUCGAAAUGCCUACAGUAGUUUUCAUCACCACAGACUCCCCCUGAGCAGCUCUGAUGGUCUGGAAGCAACCCAAGAGCUUGGUGCCAGUGCUACUAGCAGUAAUAAACCUACAACUGUUGCUCCGUCGACUCAACAAUCGCCUUCCACUACUCAUCAUAAAGAGGAGGAAGAUGAGACAAAAUCUACUAAAGAAACUGUGGUCUCCACGACUGAGGAUAGACAAGAUGAGAAACCAACAAGCAAAGAUGAAUUGGAAGCUAUUGAAAAUAUUGAUUUAUCCAGCAUUGGAAGGAAUGAAAAUGAAAGAAGAAGAUUAAAAGUUAAAGAGAUGAUCAAGCACGCCUGGACUGGCUACGCUAAAUACGCAAUGGGAGAGAACGAGGUCAAGCCUGUUUCUAAAAAGGGCCAUUCGGCUGUUGUAUUUGGUAAAACGAAACUCGGAGCCACGCUAGUCGAUGGUCUUGACACGCUGUAUAUCGCCGGACUUCAUAAUGAGUUCAAUGACGCAAGGAAUUGGGUCAGAGACCAUCUUCGAGUAUCCGAGGUCAAGUCUUUUGUCUCAUUUUUUGAGUUCAACAUUCGUUUUAUUGGAGGAUUACUCAGUGCCUACUCACUGAGUAAAGAUGAGUUAUUUAAAGAGAAAGCUCUUGAAAUGGCCGAAAAGCUAAUGCCUGCCUUUAACACUCAGACGGGCAUUCCCAAAAGUCUUGUGAACAUCAAAACCGGAGAAUUAAAGAACUGGGGCUGGGCAUCUGGAAAGUGUUCAGUUUUGGCCGAGAUUGGGACGCUUCAGUUGGAAUAUCAAUACUUGACUGUACUAAGCAAAAAGUCAACUUACCUAGAUAAAGUACUACACAUUCGAAAGAUACUCAGAAAAGCCGACAAACCCCUGGGACUCUAUCCAAACUUCAUCAACCCUAAUACUGGGAGGUGGGGCUCAAAGCUUGUGUCUAUGGGUGCAUUGGGUGACAGCUUUUAUGAGUAUCUGCUCAAAGCGUGGCUAAUUACUAACAAGAAAGAUGAAGAGGCCAGGGAUAUGUUCUACGAAGUUAUUGAUAAUGUUGAGUCUAGGAUGUUUAAAUAUGUACAGAAUAGAAAAUAUUUGUUGAUAUCUGAUCUGAGAAAUGGCAGAAUGGAUGGCAAAAUGCAACACCUGGCUUGUUUUGCAGGUGGUAUGUUUGCAUUAGCUUCAGUGCAUGCAACUAAUGGCAAGUCACAGCAUUACAUGGACAUUGCCAAGAACAUUACAAGAACAUGUCACGAGUCUUACAUUAAAACAGUGAGUCAUUUUGGCCCUGAAGCAUUUCGAAUGGACUCCAGCGGCAGGAUUACUAGUAGAAAGAAUGAAAAGAUGUAUCUACUGAGACCAGAGACUGUGGAAUCAUACUUCUACCUUUGGAGACUGACUCAUGAUCCAAUGUAUAGAGAUUGGGGAUGGGAACUAGUCCAGUCGUUAGAAAAGCACUGCAGAAUACCUACAGGUGGCUAUGCUGGUAUCAAGGAUGUCUACAACGAAGCGAUUCCGAAAGACGAUGUUCAGCAGUCGUUCUUUAUAGCAGAGACACUCAAAUAUUUAUACUUGCUGUUUUCUGACGAUAGUGUGCUGCCAUUAGAUAAAUGGGUCUUCAAUACAGAGGCACAUCCAUUCCCUUAUCUCUCUGAGUUCCCAGUCGAUCAGGCAACAUUAAAUCGAACUAUGAUUUUACUAUAAUAUUAUUAUUAUUGUUAUUAUUAUUAUUACUAUUACUAUUAUUAUUAUUUGCAAUAAUAAACGCCAUUUUUAAAUUU